AAUAGGCGUCCUGUAAAGGCAGCAGUGAUGGCAGCGACUCAAACUGUCGAUCCACUGAGAAAAAGAAGAGGCAGUAUGGAUAAACCUCCAGACUUGAGGCUGGUUCUUGUUGGGAAGACUGGAGCAGGAAAGAGCUCCAGUGGAAACACCAUACUGGGAAGAGACGCCUUCUGUGCAGCAGUCAGUCAGUCCUCAGUGACCAGACAGUGCUGUAAGCAGAGCGGCGAGGUGUUCGGCAGGAAGGCGACCAUCGUCGACACGCCCGGCCUCUUCGACACCUCGUUACCCGAGCGCACGGUGAAGAGAGAGAUCUCUAAAUGCAUCAACAUGUCGGCCCCGGGGCCCCACGCCAUCCUGCUGGUCAUCAAGGUGGGGCCUUUUACCGAUGAGGAACGAGACGCUGUGAGGCAGGUGGAGGAGAUCUUUGGGGACGAUGCCUGGAGGUACACCAUCAUCCUCUUCACCCAGGACGACCAAGCUGGACCAGAUGUGGAGAGACAGCUGCUGGAGGCGGGAGGCGAGCUGCGGUCCAUCCUGACGAAGGUGGAGAACAGAUAUCACGUCCUCAACAAUGACAAAGCUGACGAUCGUGGUCAGGUCCUGGAUCUGCUGGAGAAGGUGGAGAAGAUGGUUGAAAACAAUGUAGGAGAGUUUUACUCCAACCCCACAUACCUGCAGGUGGUCCACAUGCUGGAGAAGAGGGAGGCGGAGCUCCGAGACUUCUAUGAGAAGAAACUGGAGGAGAAAAUAAAAGCUGUGGAGUUAAAGUACGAGAAGAUGCUGAAGGAGGCUCGGCAGGAACGUCCAGACGUGAAAAGGCGACGUCAGUCUGAGCUGCAGGAGGUGAAACGGUUCUACCAGACUUUAAAGACAGAUGUCCGACAUGUUGUUGAGCAGACGGUGCCAACAGACUCCAUGGAAGACAUUCACAAGUUUCACAUGACCCUCAAACUGAAAUUUACCUCCUAAACACAUCAGAGAUGGUGAACAGACUGAAAUGUGUGAACAGUGAUGCAGCAGAAAGAAACUUUUGGAUUCACACCGUGAUGUUUAGUCUAGAUGUGCCGUCACUAAAAGCUAACAGAUAUUAGCACACUUAUACUUUUAAAAGGGUAAAAACAGAGAACACUGACAUUUGUGAAUGGUGAACAAACCACCUGAAACAUAUUUACUAUACUGUACAUUUUGUAAUAAACAUCAAAAAGUU